UAAAAGUGCUAAACUCCACUGUCAAUCCCUCAGUCACAGCGGCCGUUACAGCCCUACCACAGUAACUAAAAGCUUAGGCUGCAGAUUACAUAGGGAGAAGAGAAUGGCAAACCAGAGUCAAGCUCACCAACAUGUUGACUUGUGUAUCAAAAUCAAUAAUAGAAAUCAUCAGACCGAUGAAAUCACCACAAAACGUCUAAUAGUCAGACGUGGACAGGACUUUAAAAUCUCUCUGCAAAAGUCAAUCAAUGGUUCUUUUGACCUGAAGAAAGAAAGUUUAACUUUUAUAAUUGAAACAGGAACACCAAACCUCAUUAAAUACGGAAAGAGAAAAUGUUUUGGCUUAUCAAGCAGUAGCAUUAAGAAUGACUGGAAUGCUUCAGUUAUCUGUGAAGACAGAGCUUCCAUGGAUAUAAAGAUCUUCCCUCCAGCUGAUGCCAUCAUUGGUCUUCACACCUUAAAUUUGCAAAUAUCAGAUACUCAACUAAACAGAAACUACUGUCUUGGGGAAUUCAUAAUACUUUUUAAUGCUUGGUGUCCAGAUGAUGCAGUUUUCCUUUCGGAUCAAGAAGAGAGGAAAGAGUAUGUUAUGAAUGAGAAUGGAUUUGUCUUUGUUGGCAAUGCAAACUAUAUCUCUAAACGUUCCUGGAACUUUGGACAGUUUGAUGAAGAUAUAGUAGACAUUUGCUUAAAGCUACUGGAUGAAAGUCUAGAAAGUCAUAAAAAUGCAUUAAAGGACUAUAAUAUGAGAAAUGAUCCAGUGUAUGUCAGCAGAGUGCUCAGUGCAAUGAUUAAUUCUAAUGAUGACAAGGGUGUAAUGCUAGGCAGAUGGCAUGAACCAUAUGAUGACGGUACAAGUCCUACAAAGUGGAAUGGGAGCUGCUCCAUCUUGCGUCAGUGGUACUCCUCUGGUUUCCAGCCGGUGAAAUAUGGACAGUGCUGGGUUUUUGCAGCAGUCUUAUGUACAGCACUACGAUGUUUGGGAAUCCCAGCAAGAGUAGUAACUAACUUUGAUUCUGCCCAUGACACUGAUGGAAAUCUUUCUAUUGAUGAAUACUAUGACAUCACAGGAAAAAAGAUUUCAAGAAACGAGCGUGACAGUGUUUGGAAUUUUCAUGUCUGGAAUGAAGGCUGGAUGGAACGUAGAGACUUACUGCCAGGAUAUAAUGGAUGGCAAGCUUUAGAUGCAACACCACAAGAGACAAGCAAUGGAAUAUUUUGUUGUGGACCUGCUCCUGUAAAAGCGAUUAAAGAGGGAGACAUUCAUCUAAACUAUGAUUGCCCUUUUAUAUUUGCGGAGGUCAAUGCUGAUUUAAUAAGAUGGGUUGUGAUAAAUGAUAAGAUGAAACCAGAAAGGGUUUACCAAGACAGUAAAAAAAUUGGAAAGCUAAUAAGCACCAAGAAAGUUGGAACUAGCGAGAGAAUGGAUAUAACCAGCAAUUACAAGUAUAUAGAAGGAUCAGAAAUCGAACGACUUGUGUUUAGAAAAGCCCUGGAAAUGAGAAAUAAGCCGCAUACUGGAAACAGUGGCCAACAUGACCCACCAACUCUGGAUCCUUCCCUGAGUAAAAUUGGGAUAAAAAUGAGGCUCAAGUUGAAAGAGCCUCCUGUUUUUGGUCAAGAUGUUCAGCUGAUUGCAUUGCUGACUAAUUUGACCUCUUUGCACAAACAAAUUCAUGUUAAUAUCAAUGUUCAGGCCAUAGAGAAUAAUGGUGCACAUAUGAAUGUGGUAUGUCAAAAAUCGGAUUCUAUGGAGCUGAAACCUAAUACAGAACACUCUGCUGUGUAUGUGAUUCCGUAUUCACAGUAUAAGGCAUGCCUUACUGACAGUAAUCUUUUGAAUGUCUCUGCUGUGGGAGAAUUGACUGACACAAAGGAAAAGCUGUUGGCUGAAAGAAAAAUCACAUUAGAUUCUCCUAAACUGCAGAUUGAGAGCCAAGGAACAGCAAAGUUGUUAGCUCCAUGCAAGGUUAUAAUUUCAUUUGACAACCCACUGAUUGAGGAUCUGAAUAAGUGUGGACUGAUAAUGGAAGGGAGUGGACUGGUGUAUGGAUUCCUAGAAGAAGAGCUGGGAAAUUUAAAGCCCGGGCAUGGUUUUAAAAUCAGUUUUGACUUGAUUCCAUACAAAAGUGGGAAGAAGACGCUACAAGUGCUUUUUACCAGUGACAAGAUCAAAUACAUCAGAGAACAUUUAGAUAUCGCUGUUUUAGCCUUUUGAAGCAUUUAAUUCUGCACCAUUUCUAGUAACUGCAACCUUUCACAAUGUGGUUAUAAUGUGAAUGAUAGUUGCUACACAUUUGUACUCAAUGUUGAUUCAUCAGUCAUCAUUCACCAUUUUCAAUAGUCCUGAUAAUCUUAAGUGUGGCCCUAAUUCACUGGGUGAAAUGACACCCUUUAGUUAUAAUGUUUAACUUUUAAUUUGCAUAUCAUGAUGUUACUAUAUAGGAAAAUAAAAGCAUUAUGCCUUAGGCCUCUUGCACACAACCAUAUGGCUUUUUCAUU